CGACCCGCAUAUGAUAACUUUCAUAAUAUGCAACGAAGCUAGCAACUUCAUCAUCAGGUCAAAUUGAUGAAGUAGUUUGUUGUGACAGAGUUAUUUUUAUAUGGCAAAGUACCACCAGCGGAUUAUUCAUUCAUAAAAAUGCCCAAGUAUUACGAAGAGAAGGAAGAGGAUAAAAGAGCAUGUGCGGGACUCAGGGAGGACUUCAAGUCGUGUCUCCUUCAACAUGAUUGCGUUGUGAAGGAGGGGAAGAAGCCCAGUGAAUGUCUGAAGGAGGGUCACUGCAAAGCCUUGCAGGUGUCGUUCUUCGAGUGCAAGAGGUCAAUGCUGGACACGCGGUCGCGAUUCCGAGGGAGGAAAGGAUUUUGAGGGACCCCGGCACACACAGUGGCAUGAAUACCGUCUGGGUGUCUAUUUUAAAUGAUGAUGCGCUGGUGCAGGUUCCAGUUAACUUUUACACCAGUUGAACUGUGACCCUGUUAGUGCGGGAUGGAUGCCAAACAGACUUUUGGGAGAACACAAGCAUUAGCCUGCAAUUUGCCCCUCUCUGCCAUGGCUGAGUUAACAGUGGUUUGCACAUAAUCACCAGAGCACUGAAGUGCCGAUGUCUCCUUUUCUAUAAAGCAAUGCUGUUUGUGUGGGUGGGAAGCUGUUUCUCAGGAUGGAGUUGCUAGAAUGCAUCAGUCUCCCAAAGGCAGAGAGGACUGCACUGAAUACCUUGUGGUUUUUAUCCCUGGAAAUGGUGAGAAUUUUAAGGCCGGGGGAAUUUCAACGGUGGCCUGAAAUUCUGCUUGGCCGGACCUUCACCCAUCA